AUGGAACGUAGGAAUGUUCUAGAAACACCACAUUUUGUGAUCGACUUGCGUAAAAUUUGCGGUGAAGAAGUGUUUUGUGAAUUAAAUUGUGACCAAGCUAUUCAAGAUGGAGAUGAACUUAAAAAAGCAUAUAGAAAGUUAGCUCUCAAAUAUCACCCUGAUAAGAAUCCAAAUGAAGGAGAGAGGUUUAAGCAAAUAUCACAAGCAUAUGAAGUGCUAUCAAAUCCUGAGAAGAGAAAAAUAUAUGACCAAGGUGGUGAACAAGCAUUGAAAGAAGGUGGUGUUGAUGGAGGUGGUAUGUCAUCGCCUAUGGAUAUCUUCAAUAUGUUCUUUGGGGGUGGUUUUAGUGGUGGUAGCAGAAGGGGUCGUGAGAGAAAGGGUAAAGAUGUCAUACACCAGCUCUCUGUCACACUUGAAGAACUGUACAGAGGUGCUGUCAGGAAGUUAGCAUUGCAAAAGAAUGUCAUUUGUGAGAAAUGCGAAGGCAGAGGUGGGAAGAAGGGUGCUGUACAAACUUGCCCAACAUGCCGUGGUACAGGAAUGCAGAUUCAAAUUCAGCAACUUGGUCCUGGAAUGAUUCAGCAGAUACAAACGGUGUGUGGGGACUGUCGAGGGCAGAGAGAGAUCAUUGAUCCCAAAGACCGCUGCAAAGUUUGCCAGGGUCGUAAAACUGUGCGUGACCGCAAAAUUUUAGACGUUCACGUAGACAAGGGUAUGACAGAUGGACAGAAAAUUGUAUUUAGUGGUGAAGGGGACCAGGAACCAGACAUGGAGCCUGGAGAUCUCAUCAUUGUACUGGAUGAGAAGGAGAAUGCUGUUUUUAAACGUACUGGAAAUGAUCUGAUAGUAAGAUUAAAUAUCGAACUUGUGGAAGCUCUAUGUGGAUUCCAAAAGGUUAUAAGAACUCUAGAUGACAGAGAUAUUGUGAUUACUGUAAUGCCAGGAGAGGUGACAAAACAUGGAGAGGUCAAGUGUGUACUUAAUGAAGGUAUGCCAAUGUACAAGAAUCCAUUUGAGAAGGGGCAGUUGAUUAUUCAGUUUUUGGUUAACUUCCCUGCUCGCAUUCCACCUGAAGUCAUUCCUGCUUUGGAGAACUGUCUCCCUCCAAGACCUACGAUUAACAUUCCUGAGCUAGCUGAAGAAUGUCAGCUAAUGGAAUUAGAUCCAGAACAGGAGUGGCGAAGACGGCGCCAGCAACCUAAGAUUCCAUCACACAGCCUUAGAGAAGACUUAGAAAUAAUUAUUUUGCCCCUACAUGGCAUUAUUGUAUUGGAACAUAUUGUAUGCAGUAUGGUAUUUUUAAAUAGAUCAAUUUAUAACUAA